GAAAGCGGGGACUGCGGAUACGGAUAUGUGCUCUAUAAAUAGGCACGUCCACCCCCUCAGCGGUUCCCAACCCAUCUAUCUAGCACUACACAACAUCGAAGCUGAGCUUAGAGCUGACACUGCAUCGCCGCCUCUCUCUCUCAUCUACCACAGCUAGAUCGAUUGCCGGGCCAGGCUACGCCUAGGAAGAAGGAUGGUGAUGAUGUCGGGACUAGCUGCUGCCUACAGCGUAACACCGACCGGGACCGCGCCAUCUUCAUGCUGGAAGACACGGGCACCACAGCCACGAGUCGCUUUCCAGCGGCGGCGGCGUACGACGAGUCUGACCACGGCCACGGCCACGGCCACGGCCAUGCCCCGCGAGGCGAUGACGGCGCCGGAGAAGGCCGACGUGCUGCGGUCGCUUGACGGGUGGGCCGAGUCGAACCUUCUGCCGCUGCUGAAGCCGGUGGACCGGUCGUGGCAGCCGCACGACCUGCUUCCGGACUCGGCGUCGCCGGGUUUCCACGAGGAGGUGGACGAGCUGCGGGCGCGCGCGCGCGAGAUCCCCGACGACUACUACGUGUGCCUGGUGGGCAACAUGGUGACGGAGGAGGCCCUCCCGACGUACCACGCCGCCCUCAACAGCUUCGUCGGCUACGACAGCCCCUCCAGCGCCGACGCCUGGUCGCGCUGGUCCCGCGGCUGGACCGCCGAGGAGAACCGGCACGGCGACCUCCUGAACCGCUACCUCUACCUGUCCGGCCGCGUGGACAUGCGGCGCGUGGAGCAGACCAUCCACCACCUCAUCACCGCCGGGAUGCGGCUCGCCGUCGACAAGUGCCCCUACCGUGGCUUCAUCUACACGUCGUUCCAGGAGCGCGCCACCGCCAUCUCGCACGGCAACACGGCGGCGCGCGCCAAGGCGCUGGGCGACGCGAGCCUGGCCAGGAUCUGCGGCGCCAUCGCCGGGGACGAGAAGCGGCACGAGGCGGCCUACACCCGGGUGGUGGACGAGCUGUUCGCGCGGACGCCCGACGCCGCCGUGCGCGCGCUCGAGUACAUGAUGAGGCAGAGGAUCCUGAUGCCGGCCUACUACAUGUUCGACGGCAAGGACACGGACCUGUUCCACAACUACUCCGCCGUCGCGCAGAGGCUCGGCGUCUACACCACGGCAGACUACGCCGACCUCGUCGAGUUCUUCGUCGACAGGUGGGGCGUCGCGGAGCUCGGGCCCGGACUCACCGGCGAGGGGAGGCAGGCGCAGGACUACCUCUGCCGGUUGCCGGAGAGGGUGCGCAAGAUGGCCGAGCUGGACGCGCGACGGAGGCAGCAGCCCCUGCACCUGCAGCCUCGGCAGGCCCCCUUCUCCUGGGUGUUUGACAGGCAGGUGGAGCUGCAGGCCUAGCCGCAGCUACUGCUACCAUGUUGUGUUAUUAUUACUUCCCUGUGCGCUGCGCCCUCAACCAGAACCAGCUACUUCCUCCUCGUACGGCUGGGUCGACUCUUCUGUAUCCGUAUAUUAUGGAAUAAUAAGGCCCUGUUCUCACCCAAAAA